CGGGGCCGGAAGUGACGUCACGCCGAGCAUCGCCGAGGCGGAGGGGCCGCGGUGAGGCGGGAGAGGCGGCGGCGGCGGCCAGGCCUGUGCUCCUCGCAGCAGCUCUGUGCCAGAGCCAUGGCCACCGACUGGCUGGGCAGCAUCGUGUCAAUUAACUGUGGAGAGAGCCUGGGAGUCUACCAGGGCAGAGUGUCUGCUGUGGAUCAGGUCAGCCAGACCAUCUCCCUGACACGGCCCUUCCACAACGGCGUCAAAUGCCUCGUGCCAGAAGUCACCUUCAGGGCAGGUGACAUCACUGAGCUGAAGAUCCUGGAGAUCCCGGGGCCGGGGGACAGCAGGCAGUGCGGGGACUCGCAGCAGAUGGACACGGCCAUGCCGGCGGUGGGCUGCCAGGUGGGGCCCAGCCAGAACGGCACCGGCAAGGUGCUGAAGAAGCCCGUGUCCAGCAGCGCCCCGCAGAACAUCCCCAGGAGGACGGACGUGAAGAGCCAGGACAUUGUCGUCUCCCCGCAGCAGCAGUGCUCCAAGAGCUACAUGGAUCGACACAUGGAAACGCUGAGCCAGUCCAAAGGCUUCCGUCGGAGGCACAAUUCCUGGUCGUCCAGCAGCCGCCACCCCAACCAGGUGACCCCGAAGAAGAGCGGCCUGAAGAACGGGCAGAUGAAGAGCAAGGACGACGAGUGCUUCGGGGACGACAUCGACGAAAUCCCAGACACUGAUUUCGAUUUUGAGGGCAACCUGGCCCUUUUCGACAAGGCAGCUGUGUUUGAAGAGAUCGAGACUUACGAGAGGAGGAGCGGCACCCGCUCCCGAGGGACCCCCAACGAGAAACCCGCCCGCUACCGGCACGACGAGAACAUCCUGGAGUCAGAGCCCAUCGUCUACAGGAGGAUUGUGGUACCCCAGAACCCUAACAAGGAAUUCUGCACGGACUCGGGGCUGGUGGUGCCCAGCGUGUCCUACGAGCUGCACAAGAAGCUGCUGGCGGUGGCCGAGAAGCACGGGCUGACGCUGGAGAGGAGGCUGGAGAUGACAGGGGUGUGUGCCAGCCAGAUGGCCCUGAGCCUCCUGGGGGGGCCCAACAGACUGAACCCCAAGAACGUGCACCAGCGGCCCACGGUGGCGCUGCUCUGUGGGCCCCACGUGAAGGGGGCCCAGGGCAUCAGCUGCGGCCGGCACCUCUCCAACCACGACGUCCACGUCAUCCUCUUCCUCCCCAACUUCGUCAAGAUGCUGGAGUCCAUCACCAACGAGCUGAACCUUUUCAGCAAGACACAAGGCCAGCAGGUGUCCAGCGUCAAAGACCUCCCAGACACGCCGGUUGACUUAGUGAUCAACUGCCUGGAUUGUCACGAGAACGCCUUCCUGAGAGACCAGCCUUGGUACAAAGCAGUGGUGGACUGGGCCAACCAGAACCGGGCGCCCGUGCUGAGCAUAGACCCCCCCAUCAGCGAGAUGGAGCUGGGCAUCGACGCCAAGUGGUCGCUGGCCCUGGGGCUGCCGCUGCCGCUGGGCGAGCGCGCGGGCCGCGUCUACCUCUGUGACAUUGGCAUUCCCCAGAAGGUCUUUCAGGAGGUGGGCAUCAACUACCACUCGCCCUUCGGCUGCAAAUUCGUCAUCCCCCUGCACUCCACUUAGAGGCCGUGCAGCCCCGGCUCUGGAGGGAGAGAGGAGGAGCUCUGUGAAAAAAAACCCAAGCUGUGCGCUGGAUCCCGGCUGGUCCACUCUGGUGACGCCUUAACAAAAAAGGAUGUGAAGUUCUGGAGGGUUCGCCUUCCGGAGGGAACGCUGUGUAUUUCAAAAGAGAAAAAAAAAGAAUAAUCAUAAAACGAGACAAAAAAAAAAAAAAAACCCCAACAAAAAAAACCUAAACGAAAGAAAAAAAGGAAGAAGGAGGAGGAAGCGAAUUGUUCCUGCAAAGCCGUUUUCGUUCUCUCGUGCCGUGGGCUGAAAGAACGUGCAGGACCGUGGUGUCUGUCCCCUGCUGCUGCCCAGCCCUGGCUGGCACGUGGUACAAAUAAGGGGGAUUUGGAGCUUUGAGAUGUGUUUCUGGUCCUUCUGGUCGGAUAUUCCCAGCAAGGACACCCUGGUGGGAACAGCACCCCUUGAUUGUGUAGAAAUCCCUUGUGUCCAGGGAAGAUCUCGUUUGGUUCCAUGUUGUUUUUGACUGCCCCAUCCCCGUUUUGUGUUCUGGAAGGCAGCUGUAGCUCCCUCUCCUUCCCAGCCCCUCACGGAGAGGGUUCCCUGUUUGGAAAGCUCAUGUCAGGAGCCAGAGGCUCUCACAUGCUCUGGGAGCACUGAUGUCCUUCCUCAGCUAGGCCUUACUGCUUAUGUACUGUUGGCUUUUCUUUCUUCACUUGGUGGCUGAAGCCCAGCUCUGUGGGGUGGAGGCCCGGUAUGGAAAAGAACUUUUCCAGGAUCCUCGUGGGCUUCGGGGUUGUUUCUUUUGUUCUUUCUCCGUGCUGGCCCAGCGAGUGGCUGCUCCACAGCUGGGGGAGUGGAGCAGGGCAGGGCAGGGCUGCUCUGGGGUUGUUGGGUGGUGUGUGGUGCAGGUGAUGGUUGGGGUGAGCUCCCCUGUCCUUCCAGCAUCCCUGCCACAUUUCGUGUGGUUCGGGAGGUAGCUCAUGGACCUGUUCAUUCCCUUUGGAAUCAAAGCCUCUGUAUGGGGUGGGCUUGUGUAUCAGCCUGAGGAGGGGCUGGGCUCUUGUUUGCUGGCAGGAGAGGCAUGGUGGGAGCUGCUCCGCUCCUGGAGGGCUGUGGCAGAGACCCUGGGCGGGAUUUCCGCCAGAACUCUGCUCUGGUGUUGGACUGCUGUCCCGUGCCUGACCACAAACGUUGGAUUAUCCUUUCCUGUGUUCCUUUUGUUGGCCUGGGUGCGGUGCCUGGAGCAGGGACGAGCUGAGGAGCCACCAGCUAGCUGGCUUUGGCACUCGGCCUGGGCCCGCACCGUGCUGGCUCUGCGUGCCCCCGGAGCCGAGCCAGGGCUGCGCUGCGGCUGCAGGAGGUGCUGCCAGGCCCCGCUGGGGAUGUGGGCAGUGCCGGGGGCUCUGCUGCUCCUCUCACACUUCACCCAUCCCCAGGGCUCCUGCACCUGGCACAGCCCGGCUCUGGCGUCGGGGAGAGCUCCAGGUGCUGCCUCUGUCCCGGGAGUCGGAUCCCGCGGGAGGAUGAAGCACAGGGACCAGUCCAGCCCCACUGAGCAUCCCCAGGGACCCACUUGUGCCCCAAGCUGGGCCUUGAGUCAGGCACUCGUCUUUUCUCUGUUAGAACAAAGGCCAGGGCUGUCAAAGGAGGAGGGAAGAGCAUUCCCUGCUUGGACAGAAGCGAUUACCGGCUCCAGCCUGGGAGUGUGGAGCACCGGGAAGGGCCCAGGAGGCUGCUGAGCACCGGGCUCACCUCGAGGUCUGUCCCCCUGCACGUUGCCAUAUCUACCUCAGCAGGACCAGGCGCUGUGCCCUGGCUCCCUGCAGCCCUGGUUCCCCUCUGCAGGAGCAGGGGCUGUGCCCUGGUUCCCCUCAGCAGGAGCAGGCGCUGUUCCCUGGCUCCCUGCAGCCCUGGUUCCCCUCAGCAGGAGCAGGCGCUGUUCCCUGGCUCCCUGCAGCCCUGGUUCCCCUCAGCAGGACCAGGCGCUGUGCCCUGGCUCCCUGCAGCCCUGGUUCCCCUCAGCAGGAGCAGGGGCUGUUCCCUGGCUCCCUGCAGCCCUGGUUCCCCUCAGCAGGACCAGGCGCUGUGCCCUGGCUCCCUGCAGCCCUGGUUCCCCUCAGCAGGACCAGGCGCUGUGCCCUGGCUCCCUGCAGCCCUGGUUCCCCUCAGCAGGAGCAGGCGCUGUUCCCUGGCUCCCUGCAGCCCUGGUUCCCCUCAGCAGGACCAGGGGCUGUGCCCUGGCUCCCUGCAGCCCUGGUUCCCCUCAGCAGGAGCAGGGGCUGUUCCCUGGCUCCCUGCAGCCCUGGUUCCCCUCUGCAGGAGCAGGGGCUGUUCCCUGUUUCCCUGCAGCCCUGGUUCCCCUCAGCAGGAGCAGGGGCUGUUCCCUGGCUCCCUGCAGCCCUGGUUCCCCUCAGCAGGACCAGGCGCUGUGCCCUGGCUCCCUGCAGCCCUGGUUCCCCUCAGCAGGAGCAGGCGCUGUUCCCUGGCUCCCUGCAGCCCUGGUUCCCCUCAGCAGGAGCAGGGGCUGUGCCCUGGUUCCCCUCAGCAGGAGCAGGCGCUGUUCCCUGGCUCCCUGCAGCCCUGGUUCCCCUCAGCUGCUCUCGGACCCGCGGCAGUGCUGGCGUGGGGGGCUCUGCCGUCCCUCCUGGGCACAGGGCCAGGCGUGCCCACGGUUCAGCUGCGGCGGCACCGACCAGGCUGUGGUUCUGACUGGGACAGGACAGCAGUGUGGUGGUUAUUCACAACACAAACACGAGGUUUCCCUCUGCGUUUUUCUGGUUUUUUGGCUGUUUCCUCGGUGCUUUACCCGGGAGCAGCAGCGGGUUAAAAAGGUUGUUGCUGCAGUCAGUGUUAGCUUUAGUCCCCUUAUUUUCACUCUUUUUGCUCAAGACACUCAGUAGGAGACUUGCUGUUUCAAUUUCUGCUUUCUGCAGGUUUUUCCUGCCCUUUCUGGGUUUGGCUGUUGAACUGUAUGUAGCUUGUACACAGGCAGGGCUCAUCCCAGGCUGCAGCUGCCCUGCCUGGAAGGCACUGGAGCAGGUGACGGUGUUUUUGCAGGGUUGGAGCUCUGGGAAGCACUGAGGCCCUGGUUGUUGUCAGCCUUGAAAUGGUUCCCCACAUUGAACUAGAAAAUAAAGUGAGCACUGUUGCACAACAGGAGGGUUCAGCCCCUGGUGUACGGCAUUCCCGACCCCAAAUCCAUGCAGGGUUCAGAUUUGGGGAUUUGGCUGUACUUCCCCUCACAGGCAGAGAUAUUCCUUGGCUUCUCACAUUCCUGGGAUGUGAGGUAUCAGCUCUUCUGGAGCGCUCAGAGACCCAGGACGGGGUCUGGGUGCCCUCAAUGCCGUCCCCCACGGUGCCAGAGCUAAUUCCGAGAAGGGAGCACCGUUGUAGCUGUGUUUGGGAUAGUUCCUACCCCCACCUGCCCCAGCAGCACAGAGCAGUGCCCGGGUGCUGCUGCGGUGACAGGUGACGAUCACUGCGUCGUGGCGCUGCUUGGUGACCCCAUUUGUGACCCCAUGUUUGUAACGACCAAUUCCUGCCACUGCGGGGGACCGUGCCCUGAAAUAAAGUGCAGCUCUUCACCUGU